GACAACCCAUAUUGUGAGGUUUUUUAUGCUCUUGAGACAGACAGACAGACAGACGGCAACGGCGAAACAAAAAGAUUGGUUUAACCUUCUGCCAGACUUCUAGCUAAAUAAGCUCCAAACUGAAAGUCUGAUAUGGAGGAGACUGCUACGACGGAGGAAGCCGUGGAGUUAAAAGCCUCUAGCGAGGCCAUCGCCUUUCUGUCCAGCAUACGGGCUGCGGAGAUGCAGCGGUGUCUGUUUGAAGACUCUCUGGUGACAGUGUCCGAGGGGGGCAGAGAGCUGGGAGAGUUUAAGGUGACUGUGGAGAGGACCAUUUGCAGGGAGCAGCCUUGCCUGCUGCUGCAUGCACACAGCCAUGGAGCUAUUGACAACACUCCCUGUGGUACAGCCAUCACUGCCUACCUUUCUUUGAACCUGGAGACCCUGGAGCAAAACCACCACGAGUACGUCAAGCUUCAGGACCACCGAUUGGACAAGAAGUGUCACAUGGUCCAGCAUGAUGGACAGCUGGUGGUGAACAAAAUCACCACUGUUGGAGAGGAGAUUAGGAGGCAGACCUUGUCGUACCCUCUGUCCUCUGUGAAGGGGUUAGUGUCCGAGGGCUCUAACCUGCUGCUGCUGAGGGUAUUCGCUCUGAGGAAGAAUGUCCCGGAAAACAUGACCUUCCUCUCCUUCGACCAGGACACACACAUAUCCACCUCCACAUAUAAGGAGCUGGGGUGCAGGCAGCAGACGGUGGGAGAGGAGGUGGUGGAGGUGUUUGGGGUGGAGAGGACGGUCGACUCGGUGGAGGACAUCCCAGCCAUGUGGCACUGCUACUUCCUGCCUGACGGGCAUCUGGCUAGCCGAGUGCAGGUGGGCUCUCCUGUGACCAUGAGGCUCUUGCUACUCCCGCUCCAAACACACACAGAGGUGAGGGAUGAUAAGCCUGUGUUUGAGAAGAGGUCUCUGGUCUGGGAGGAGGACAUGCAGAUGCACUCCAUGUUCCUGGACAGAAAGGAGGAGUUGAAGGCGGAGCAUGCCUCGUACCUGCGGCAGCACCCGGAGCUCCGCACUAUGAUGGCUGACUUCCUGCAGUUUUUGUUACUACGGAAACCGAGCGACGUAUUUGUGUUUGCCCGCGAAUACUUCUCCCCAUUCGCCUCCCUCCAACCCCCGGGGAGCACCUUCAACACCUCCUCACCCUGAGGAUGCGUCUCAACAGUAUAAAUAGCUUCCUCUCCACUGAUCUGAGACACGUAUGGGAUAGGUGAAAGCACUGUGAUGUAGGCUUGCCGUGCCUACUAGAGAUUUGAAUUCACUUGUCCAAUUAUUUUAUGUCAGUUCAGAUGGAGGAAAGGGAAUGAAGAGAAGAAGCCUCUUUUGAGAUUCAGCCCAGUUUUCUUUAAUAGGUUCUGUCUUUCAUCUUUUUUUCUUUUUUUUUGCCCCUUUUUCUCCCCAAUUGGUAGUUGCAGUCUUGUCCCAUCUCUGCAACACCUGUACAGACUCGGGAGAGGCGAAUGUCGAGAGCCAUGUGUCCUCCGAAACACAACCCCGCAAAGCCGUACUGCUUCUUGACACAAUGCCCGCUUAACCUGGAAGCCAGCCGCACCAAUGUGUCGGUGGAAACCACGUACACCUGGCGACCGCGUCAACAUACAUGUGCCCGACCCGCCACAGGAGUCACUAAAGUGUGAUGGUGACGCGAUUGUGCACAGCUUCACGGGUCUCCCGGUCGCAGCCAGGAAUCGAACCAGGAUCUGUAGUGACACAGCUAGCACUGCAAUGCAAAGCCUUAGACCGCUGGGAGGCCCUCCGUCUUUCAUCUCUUGAGGGACAACUGAACUAUUUAUUGGUGGAUUUUGCAAUAAGGCAGAGCAGUGGUUAUGAAGGAAAUAAGAUGAGGAAAGGGAGCACUUGUAAAUUAUUGGCACAUAGAUAAGGAAUUCCAGGAGCUCAUUUUCAGCUGUGUGUGUGUGUGUGUGUUAUUUUAAAUUUCAAUAAAGCGUAAUGUUUUCGUGGCGCAUUAUAAUGACAUACUGAUACUCCAAUCUUCAAACCGAAAGAAAACAGGACAGCCCGUCCAAGGAGUGAGGUGGCAGCGAUAUUUCGCCCCCCCCAAAAUAUAUAGCCUACAUACGGUAUAUUGCGACAGUUGUGUGAAUAGGCUCUGCGGUUUUCUUAUUAAGUAUGUUCUGUCAGUGUCUCGUCUACUGACUACGUGGUGGUUAGUACAUUUGUAGAAAUCGAACCAAGGUGAGUUUUGUCCGCUCUUUUAAAACAUUAUUUUAUGUCGCUUCUCAUGACAACAGUCAACGGCUGUAUUACUGUUUGAUUAAACAUGCUGUAAACAUUCUUUGCGAAUUACGAUGUUUGUCACUAAAAGUACAGACAGAGAGGAAGAGGCGAAGCGAGAGGUUUCACUCGACAAUAUAUGUUCAAGAUAAUCCCAAUGCGUUUUUAGAGGUUUAUUUUGGGCCUAAAUAUGCCGCCUGCCUUACCGACUUUGGGACAACGACUCACAUUUUUAGUGCGGAAAUUAGUAUUUCGUCAUUAUAUAAAUAUCUCACAGACACGGUACUUUCCAAGUCUGCGCUUUCCCGGUGCGGUGUUUGUUGCUUAUGUCAACAUGAAAUGUUGCUGCUUUGUUUCUCUGAGAAAGUGGCGGUUGGUGCAGUUUAAGAUGAAGGAGGACGAAUUUUUUUUUUAAUGAGCAAGGCCUUAUUUAUAUUGCAGCAUAUUGGAUGACAGUCAAUCAUAUUCCAUUCACCCAGCUCAAUGUAAGGAUAGGUUUGGGCUACUACAUAAUACUCAAAUGUUCCCUAUACUCAUCAUGAAUUUGCUACAACCUAGCCUAUGAAUGAAAGUUUACACCCUAGGUCGAAAGAAAUGUAAGUAAUCAAGGUGACAGACAUUGACACAUUCAAUACCGCUUUGCACAAUCUUGCCUGCAUCUAGCUGAACUAUGGUGUAAUCAGUCCAACAGCUGCAAACAAGUUUCUGUUGGACAAAUUCAGGUAUGUUUUCCCCAUUUUGUUUCAACAGAAUCGGCGGACUGAAUACACCCCUGAUCAUACACAAACACAGUUCACUUUCAUAACAGUCACAUAUAAACAUCAUGAUCCCUUUGAUUGAUGGAUAAUUCCUUCUUGCAUUUACGCACUCUCCUCCUCUACCCUUUUCCCUUUGCUUGUGGACUUUAGUGCACAACACAUCAGCUGUCUGACAAGACGAAAAAACCUUUCCAACCCAAACCUUCAUAUUGUAACCGCUACAUACAGCCUAUAUUGUUGUCACCAUAUAAGCUAACUUCAAGUCAACAGAGCUAAUACAACUAACGCGUUAGUACAUCCGCUACAAUCAUGCAGUACAGUGUACAGUUAAUAAGAAGUUUAGCAGUCACACCGGCGGGCCCAGGUGGCAAUAAAAACCAAAAGCUUACCUUGACUUGGAAGAGUUGCAGUGUUGGAUAGCCAUAGCUAGCUAGGUAGCAUAGCAUCCCUCUCUGUUUGAGCCGGGUGUUUGAGUAGGCUAAACUAGAUAUCUGCCUUUACAAAGUAAAAGUUAAAAAUAUAUAUAAUCUGUGGACUGUGCAGGUUUAUCGUCCUGUCAUUCAGAAGAGGGUACCUACUUGUCAUAGUCCUACAGCCAGUGCUUAAUUUGAGUCGGAACCUGCCGGAACAGGAUCUGGCACCUCUCAGUUUUGGACUGUUUUGUUCCGGAACCCAUUUGCCAGGAUCCGGUACCUUUCUUGGCAUGACCUUUUUUCUCUCACAGUUUUCUUUUAUUAGAAUUCUAUACAUUGCAAUCAGAGUUAAUUCAAAUAGCCUCCUCUGUAUUUUUCCAGCCCUCUAAAAGGUUAAUGGGAAAACAUGCCUGAUAUUCUACAUUAAGAAUUGAUUAGAGUUGGGCCAGCCCAGGUUUAUGGUUUGCGCAACAUUGUAGCGCCUAUAGACCAAUGCAUGGCCAUUGUUGUGGUGAGAGAGAGAAGUGCGCCUGUAUCUCUCACAGAACUAGAAUGACAUUCACUUUCUAUGAUCUCGCUCCCUCUCUCUGCUCUGAUAGACAUGAGUUAAUUGAGUCAAUUGGAGGUGUACCUGUGGAUUUAUUUCAAGGCCAACCUUCAAACUCAGUGCCUCUUUGCUUAACAUCAUAGGAAAAUAAAUAGAAAUCAGCCAAGACCUCAGAAAGAAAAUUGUAGACCUCCAUAUGUCUGGUUCAUCCUUGGGAGCAAUUUCCAAAUGCCUGAAGGUACCACGUCCAUCUGUACAAACAAUAGUACACAAGUGUAAACACCAUGGGACCACGCAGCCGUCAUACCGCUCAGGAAGGAGACCUGUUCUGUCUCCUAGAGAUGAACGUACUUUGGUUUGAAAAGUGCAAAUCAAUCCCAGAACAACAGCAAAGGACCCUGUGAGGAUACUGGAGGAAACAGGUACAAAAGUAUCUAUAUCCACAGUAAAACGAGUCCUAUAUCAACAUAACCUGAAAGACCACUCAGCAAGGAAGAAGCCACUGCCAUAAAAAAGCCAGACUACGGUUUCCAACUGCACAUGGGGACAAAGAUCGUACUUUUUGGAGAAAUGUCCUCUGGUCUGAUGAAAUGCUUGGACCUUUAAAUUAGGGCUAUUUCCUGGGAAUUGUCUCGGUAUUAUGUGCCUGAUUUUUUGCCCACCGAAAUGUGUUUUGUUAUUCUUAUGAAUUGGCUGAUGUAUUUUAUAAAUUUGGUGAUUUACAUGUUACUUUUAAAGUCUUGGACAUUUCAUAAGUGUGAAGUUGAAAGAGAAGAGAAAGUUUGAAAGUUUGGUUUUAUUCUUACGAUAGAGGUAAGGCAGAACGUUGUUUGAGUAGGGGCUAUAUUUGACUGUAAGGGAUUCAGGUCUGAAUAGUUCAAACUUUUAUGAUUCGUGAUAGUUUCUGAUUAUUGUUUUUUAAUUUUUUUAUUGUUUAGGUAACACCAGUGAAUUUGAGCAGGAAGUUAAUGUAUUCUAACAUUGUAAUCUGUUUCCAUUACAUAGAACAAAAGCAGAUUGACUGAAGGUGCUUUUCCUUAAGGGAACUAUACCGUCAUCUCUCAUGGCGGACCUUGUAGAUCUGCUGCCAUAAGGUUUGGGUUUUCUGUUUAACAGAAGUACUGAGCAUCAGUGUAUUGCAUUAGAUUUUUCCAAUUCAGGAGCUCAAACUUUUUGAGAAUGUAACAGUGAAGAUGGCUAUGGGGCUUCCUAUCAAGCACUUUGAGAGAUUGUUUGCAGACAGACUGAAUGGGUUUUAAUGUUGUAAAGCAGGCUUGGGCAAAAUCAGUCAAGUAAUAUGUUAAUUAGGGGAAUUUCAUAAAUUUGAAGUACAGUAUUGUAUCCAAGGGUAGCGCAUGUUCAAUUAAGUACAUAUAACCAUUGAGGAAGUUUAAAACUAAUGAUUUGAGGGAGUACAACAGAAUUAUCAUUAUUAUUAGGUUUUGUUUGUAGUCAACGUUUGGGUUUCUGAAUCGGUGUAGUAUAUUGAAAUGCUGACCAAGUGGUUGUGGGUUUUUUUCUGGAAAAAGGAGUGCUUCAUUGUCUCUCUUUGGAGUGAGAUAGAGGCAUAUUUCCACCAAAUUGAAAAGGCCGGGAAAUGUUUUGUUUGUUUUUAACCUAGGGGUUGCCCUUUGGUUUGAGGAGAUUUCCCUUUUUCCUAGAGCCACGAUAUCUUAAAGGGGUACACACACACGUGGAAUUUUAGAAGUUUUAUUUUCUGAGUUUUAAUUAAGCACGUGAAUUCUUUUUAUCAGGGAGUGUUCUGGGAACCUGGGAUACAACAUGUUGAAAAUGUUUGACGUUUUGUCACACCCUGACCAUAGUUUGCUUUGUAUGUUUAUAUGUUUUGUUUGGUCAGGGUGUGAUCUGAGUGGGCAUUCUAUGUUGUGUGUCUAGUUUGUCUGUUUCUGUGUUUGGCCUGAUAUGGUUCUCAAUCAGAGGAACGUGUUAGUCAUUGUCUCUGAUUGGGAACCAUAUUUAGGUAGCCUGUUUGGUGUUGGGUUUUGGUGGGUGAUUGUCCUUAUGUCCUUUUUUCUGUCGUGUGUUACUUAGCACCAGUGUUAGGCUGUUUCGGUUUUCGUAUUACGUUUUUGUAUUUGAUUCAUGUUCACUUUGUUUUCAUUAAACAUGGAUCUCAAUAGCCACGCC